AUGCACGGCUUGCGGGAGACGGCAGCCGCCUCCUCCUCCGUCGACCCGACGAGCAGGCUGGUGCGCGGUGGCCUCUCGCACGUGAUCGGGGACACCUCGGAGCCGCUGAGCGAGCUCACGGUGGACGGAAUGUUUUGCGAGACGGUCCGACGGACGCCAGACAGACUGGCGCUCUCCAGCCCGGCUCAGAGUAUUCGGUACAGCUGGAAUGAGCUGGAGGAGCAGGUGGCGACAGCGGCGGCGGGGCUACUCAGCAUCGGUGUGGGCAGUGGCGACCGUGUCGGCUGCUGGCUGCCAAACGUGGCUGAGUACGUCGUGAUGCAGCUCGCGACCUCUCGUAUCGGAGCCAUCCUGACCUGUCUCAACCCGGCGUACAAGCUGGCCGAGCUGCAGCACGCGCUACGGCUCGCCGGCGUCAAGGCGCUGCUCUUCUGCCCCGGCGGCGCGAGGAGCGACCACACAGCAGUGGUGGAGCGGCUGCUGCAGACCGCCGAGGAGGCCGCGCCCUGCCUCGAGCGAGUCGUCUCUGCAGUGGGGCACAGUCUGCAGCACCCGAUGGCGAUGGCCUACGCCGACGUGCUCGAGGGCGGGAAGCGCAGCCGGGACCAGGGCCUCGCCGCCGCGUCCUUGCGCGGCGACGGGCUCGAGGAACGAAGCCGCGCACCGGCGGCGGCGCCGGCGCUGUCGCACGAAGACGUGACCAACAUCCAGUUCACAUCUGGGACGACGGGCCUGCCUAAGGCGGUCGGACUGACACACCGCAACAUUGUCAACAACGGCCGUUUUGUGGCCCGCGGCAUGCGGCUGACGUCGGACGACGCCGUCUGCCUGCCGGUGCCGCUGUUCCACUGCUUCGGCCUCGUGCUUGGCUCGCUCGCGUGCAUCUCCACCGGCGCCGCCAUCGUCUUCCCUUCGCGCACAUUCGACCCGCGCGCGGCGCUGCAGGCGGUGCAGGAGGAGCGGUGCAGCGCGCUGUAUGGCGUGCCGACGAUACACGUCCAUGACACGUCCACGACCCGUCCCACAGGCUCGUUCGACCUCUCGUCGCUCCGCACCGGCAUCAUGGCGGGCUCGCUCUGCCCUGUCUCGACCAUGGCGCGGGUGCGGGGAGACAUGCACAUGGCGGACCUAACGGUAUGCUACGGCAUGACGGAGACCAGCCCCGUCUCCUUCCAGUCCGUCCCCGCCUCGCUCAGCGGCGGCCGCUUCGACGCGCAGAAGCUCUGCUCGACGGUGGGGCACGUCCACCCGCACGUGGAGUGCAAGGUCGUCUGCCCCGAGAGCGGCCAGACGCUGCCGGUGGGCGAGCAGGGCGAGCUGCUCACGCGCGGGUACUCGGUCAUGGGCGGGGGCUACUGGGGCGACGAGGCGGCGACGCGAGAGGACCCGCUGCCCUCGAAGGAAGUCAUGACGGCGGAUGGCUUCCUCCGGACCGGAGACCUCGCGACGAUCGACGCGCAGGGGUACUGCACCAUCUCGGGGCGGCGCAAGGACGUCAUUAUUCGCGGCGGCGAGAACAUCGCGCCGAUGGAGGUUGAGGAGGUCAUCCUGAGGCGCGAGAGGCGUCUACGACGUCGCCGUACAGGAGCCUUUUCGGAACUGUCUCGGAGCCCUCCUAGGCACGAGGACGUCUACGACGUCGCCGUCGUCGGCGUCGACGACGCGACCUACGGAGAGCAGGUUGCGCUGCUCUUACAAACGCACGACCCAACGGACCCAGCGACGACAGCCGUCAUCGAGUCCAUCGAGGCGCUGUGUCGGACCGAGCUGGCGCAUUUCAAGGUGCCCAAGUUCUUCCGCGUCGUCGACCGGUUCCCGUUGACGGCGAGCGGCAAGGUGCAGAAGUUUGUGCUCAAGGAGGAGUCCAGCGAGGCCCUCAGAGGCACGUAG